GGCGCACUAACUAGCAAAAGCCGCCUCAAAUCUCUCUCUCUCUCUCUCUCUCUCUCUCUCUCAAGUGCAGUUGCAGCAUUUGAUGUAUGUUUCCUUCUUCCAUAGACUUGAUCAACGAGAAUGAGAAGGAACUGUAACUUGCAGCUUAGUCUGCAGUCUGCUUCAGCUUCUCUCUCUUCAAUGGAUUUCCGUCGCCCAGAUCAGAUGGAAGUGACGAGCGGGAGGCGGGAAGAGCAGCAGCAGCUGACCAUAUUCUACAAUGGCGACGUUUGCGUCUGCGAUGUUACUGAACUACAGGCGAGAGCAAUUCUAGUGCUUGCAAGCAGAGAAAUGCAGGAAAGAAUGAAAACUACACUGACCGUGACCGAAUCGCGGCCUAAUUUACCAAGCAGACGACCAACACCUGCUGAGCUCUAUAGCCCCACUGGCACCGGCCUUUCCAUGAAGAGAUCACUCCAGCGAUUCCUCCAAAAAAGAAAGCUUCGCUUCCGAGCUACAUCGCCCUAUCACAUGGAUCAGUAGUUGUUCUAUCUAUCAUGCGGACAUUUGUUGAUAGGGUCUCCAAUGGAGUUCUGUUUGAUGGAUUAGGUGUUGCAAAUCGAGUGAAUUCAGGAGUUCCUCAAUCCUAUUUUGGACGUAUUUUUCGAGUGUGGACUUUUGUGCUAUGCGGUAGUUAAUUGAUCACUGAGGGUGUCCUGAUCUCUCUGUAAAGCCUAAUCUCGACUUC